AUGUCAGCCUCCAGCAAGAAUGUUUGUCCCAGUUUGGGUCAGUAUUUAGAUGGUCAUUACUGGGAAUUGAUAGGAAAACUCCGCAAAUAUUAUGAUGACAAUGAAUUGUUUAAGCUACGGUUUGACUUAUCACUGGAUGAACACCGUCAAGUUACUUUUGAAAGAGCAAAAUAUCUUUUCAAAGUUCCUGAGGUCCAGCAGCAGUUCAGGGAUCAGCGAGCAAAUAGAGAGGGUUUUAUCAAAAAAGGCCUUGCCAUUGGUGAAGCUUUUGCCAUCACUGAUAUGUCUGUUGGUAUAAAGAUGGGUGUCAUGGCAUGGUUGUUUGGUGGUGCUGUGAUGAAUCUUGGUUCAGAAAGACACGCAGCUGAAUGGUUCACACCUCUUUCAGAAUUACAGUUUACUGGGAUGUUUGCCAUGUCCGAGAGAGGUCAUGGGAGUAAUGUGAGAGGGAUACAGACAGAGGCCCAUUAUGACUGUAAAACUGAGGAAUUCAUCAUAAACACUCCCUGCCUAGAUGCAUGUAAAAUCUACAUUGGAAAUGCCCUGCAGGGAAAUUAUGCAGCUGUCUUUGCUCAAUUAUAUAUUGAUGAUAUAUGUAGAGGUCCCCAUUGUUUUAUUGUCCCUGUGCGGGAUUUGAAUGGUGUGAUGAAUCCUGGGGUGAAGGUUGAAGAUCAGGGAUUGAAGGAAGGUUUGAAUGGCAUCGACAAUGGCAUGUUAUCCUUCGACCAUGUGCGGAUACCAAGAGCAAAUUUCCUUAAUAAAUUUGCAGACGUCAGUCCUGAUGGUAAAUACACAACUACGAUAGAACGAGCUGGUGCUAGAUUCAACGCCAUGUUAGCUGCUUUAGUUGGGACCAGAAUGGCACUCUGCUUCCAAUCUUUAGGUGCUAUGAAGGUUGGGCUGGAGAUUGCCAUCAAAUAUGCUCUUCGGAGGAGGCAGUUUGGCCCUGCUCCUGACAAGGAAGUGCUCAUCAUGGAGUACCAGACUCACCAGAUGAGACUGAUGCCCUACCUAGCUAGUUCACUCGCCCUCACGUACGCCUCGAGGUAUGCUGGUUCCAUCCUCGAUGAAGACGUCACUAAUCACAGACCGAUUGUUGAGGACCGAGCUCUACAAGCCCUGGCAUCUGGUUUGAAGGCAUAUUGCACCUGGGAGGCUGUGCAUGCUCUGCAGGCAUGCCGGGAAUGCACAGGGGGAAUGGGGUACAUGGAAGAGAAUCGAAUCGCAAGCCUCAGGAGGGACUGUGAUGUCUUUGUUACUUUUGAAGGGGACAACAUGGUGAUGUUACAGCAGGUGGUGAAGGAACUCCUUGCACAGUAUAGCCUUCAGUUUGAGGGGAGCAAGGUCAGAGGGCUCUUGACCCUGUACACAGCUAAUACUCUUGCUGCUUUAAAAACCAGCAAAUUCGCAAUCAACACCAAAGCUGCCAACACAGUUUCAUUCGUCUACAAAGCCAUGUGCUUCAAAGAGGACAAACUUCUUAGGACUCUUGCUGCCAGAUUACUCAAGAAAGUCAAAAGUGACGGGGAACCGCCAUUUUCUGCUUGGAAUUCCUGCCUCGACCACAUCAUAACGUUAGCUUGGAGCCAUAUACAGAGAGUAACUCUUGAGCAGUUCUCCAAGAAUGUACGGAAAUGUCCCAAUGCUGAACACAAAAGUAUCCUACUGAAGUUCCUCAAGCUGUUUGCCAUGGACAUCAUGAACAAAGACAGUGCCUGGUUCCUGGAGAAUGGCUACAUCACUGGGCAGAUGGCCAAAGAUGUGCGAAACAAGUUCAUCCAAAUGUGCAAGGAGACCACAGUGCAUGCCCUGGAAGUCGUCAAUGCAUUCCAGACGAAUGAGUGCUGCGUGCAUGCCCCAAUUGCUGGAGUCCCCUCAACAAAAACACCAUGGGCUUACUACCCUGACUCAGAGAUGGCGGCCCCAAAAUCUAAGCUUUAGCGAUGGUCAUUCUUAACGCUAAACUGACUUUGGUACAUGUAGUGUAGAUGAUUAUGAGUAACAGAUUCAAGACCUCACACUGCACUACCAAUUUGUCAAAUUCAAAGUUUCCACAUACAGAUUUUCAAAACAUUGACACAUUCAAAGCAUAGCCAAAAAGAUACUUAUUUAUCCAUCUUUUGCUGGAGACAGUGCACUUUGAGCAAGGAUAUGACACCAAUGGUGUUACGAUUUGAAUGCAUCGAAUUUUACAUGUGAACAGUGUGGCAAACUGGCUUUGCGUAUGAAAAUUUAAUGUUGUGCCGUCCAUUUGGCCAUAUAGUUGUAGCCAAUUUUUAAAAUAUUGUCUAGGGUAUUUUUGUGGCUCUCUUCAAUUAUAAAUGUGCAUAAAUUCCUUAUUCUUCGGACCAAAAUAAACUGUUCAUUGUCAUGUUUUUUCUCCUGAGAAGUGAAUUUAAAUUUGAAGUGACGCGUAUUUUUGUGUGAUAAAACAAUUCUAGAUUACCUGAUUAUAUUCUUGUAAAGAUAAAUUUUAUAGAUAUGUACUUCUAUGAAUUCCUGAAUACCAUAAACGAUAGAAAUAGUUGACCAGCAUUCCUGAUGAUUCCAGCAGUUUUUGGAACUGUAGACAUAGAGUUUUUUCUUACUUACCUGGUGAUUUGAGCACACUUUCUUCUUUGUGAUGAUGUGUUGGGUCUUUCUUCGUACUUCUGUUGUUUAGUCAUGAUAUAUAUUCCUGGUACCAGUAAGUUUAUACUGGUACUGGUACUGGUACUGGUACUCAUAGUUCGGCUGUACAUGUAGGCAUAGGAUAAUUUUUUCAUAGUGUUUUUUCUGAAAAUAUCUCUUGUUGUGAUGCCUUUGGUCUUCCUUUGUACAUUUGUUGUUUAGUCAUGAUGUACAUGUUUAUUCCUUGUAAGUUAAUACCAGUGACUGGAGCUUGGACAAUCGCGAUUUGCAGAAGCAAUAUCAAGUAUUCUGCAAAUGCCAUUUACUGCCAAGAGAAUAAGGAACUUCAACAAAGUAUCUUGAAUACAGUGAAUAUAAUUGUUGUCACUGUGAAGGCUUCCGAUUUUAGAAAAUUUGCAUCAUACUGAAUCACCGACUUGAGUUUCAGUUACAUUUUCAUUCCCCAGAGACCAUAUUUUUUUGUAUAGACUGAGCUGCUGUACAUGUAUAUCGAUUUGUUCUUCCAAGAGGGAAAAAGUUUUUUAAUGAAAAAAUAUACUCCACACCCCACUUCAAAACUUUUUCUUUUUAGUACCAUAUAUACCAUUAAAAGUUAUUCUGUUUUCAGUGAUGUCAGUUUGUGCCAAAUUUAACUUAUGUAUUGUUUCGUUUGUUUUGUGUAUGUUCUUUAUAAAGGUUAUUUGAAACAACUGAUGCCAGAUUUAAGGGUGUCCCUAUUAGGGAAUGCUGUCCGUUCACAGAUCUUUUCGAGAGACGGAGCAAAAACCAUAAAGAAGCUAAUGGAAAAAGCAUUAAAACAGCCAGUACUUCACGCUAUCCUUUUCACACUGUCAACCUUUGAUUUAUUAACACCAAACCUAAAGUAAUUAGAACCUCCCCUAUUAAGGACACCCUCAGGAUUGACAAAUGCUGUCCUCGGAGAGGUGUCCUACUGUACAUAGUUGUCAAAUAUCAGUUUUCACGUAGACGGCACUGGACCCUCUUCCUGCAUUGCAAUCCUCUAGUGUUGCAAAGACUGUUGAAGCAUAAUGUAUGAUGUAUUUUCUUUGGAUUGAUGUGUGCAAAAAGUCUUGAUCUAUUUUGUCAUCCAUGUUGUGAUCCAGUUUAAUGAGAUGUAUGAGAUUAUGAACAAGCAUGACAACUGUGAAUAAACUGUGCAAUAUUUCA